AUGCACUUCAUCAGUUUGUUUGCUUUUUCAGUAGCUUUGGCGAAUGCCGCUGCUGUUCCCCGUGACGCAACUGAACUAGACGUUGUGCUCACAUCAGUUGGAAACACAAUGGUGAAGGCUGUAAUCACAAACAAGAACUUAAAUGCUGUUCAGCUACUCAACAAAGGCACUAUCCUUGAUCCUGGACAUGUCGAGAAAGUAUCGAUUAGUUCUGAUGCUGGUACUGUUCCAUUCACGGGUAUGCGCAAGCGUAUCGCAUAUUCUGGGCUUCAAGCAGAUGCUUUUACUCCAUUGGCCUCUGGGGAAAGCGUAGAACUCACGAUAGAUAUGGCCUCUGUUCACGAUCUUAGCACUGGGGGAACAUUCAAAGUUUCGAGCUUCGGUGCGAUUCCAUAUAUUGAAAUGAAUUCUACGACACUGAUACCUAACCGCGCGCUGGUAUAUAACAGCAAUGAGCUGGAGGUUACUGUUGAUGGCGCUGAAGCUGCUAAAGUCGCACAUGCAUUCAGCCACAUCAAACGGACUAAACUUCAGAGUAACACUUGCACGUCCACCCAAAGGAGCAGCAUGACCUCUGCAUUGAGAUACUGCCAGCAACUUGCGUCUGCAGCAGCCACUGCAGCUCAAUCUGGAUCUGCUUCCAAGUUUAGAGAAUACUUCAAGACAACUUCAUCUUCUACACGUGCCGUUGUUGCUGCUCGUCUCAAUGCUGUUGCUGUCGAAUGCGCGAGUACCACUUCCGGCAAGACAACAUCUUACUGUGAGGACAUCUAUAACGGUUGUGAUUCCGGCGUCUUGGCAUACACGCUUCCGUCUACGAAUGAGGUCGUUAGCUGUCCAUUGUAUUUCAGCGCUCUCCCAGUUCUCACCCAGCAAUGCCAUGCUCAGGAUCAGGCCACGACCACUCUGCACGAGUUCACACACGCACCCGCUGUCUAUUCUCCUGGCACAGAGGAUAAUGGCUAUGGUUACGCCGCGGCAACCGCUCUCAGUGCCAAUGCAGCACUUAACAAUGCUGAUACGUACGCCUUGUAUGCCAAUGGUGAGUUGAGACCGACAUCAAUAUACUACAAAUCGUUAACUUUAUUAUAG